AUGGGAAAAAAACAGGACAUACACACGUCAGUGCCUCGGCGAGCCAAGUGCGCAGUUAAACAAAUACUUGAUCAGGCGCUGCAAAAAAAAGGUGCCCAAAAGGAAGAAACCGACUAUUCAUGGAUCUCCGAUGAGGUAAAGAAACUGCAAACGCCUGGAAUGAGAAGAGACUUGCUUGCUUGUAUGUUUAAGCGGAUUAACAACUGGUAUGAGAUGCAAAUAGACAAAAACUGCAGCCUUCAAAUAGGAAUUUUUUAUCUAAAGAUAACAUACUUUUUGUACACUCUCCAGUUUGACAGCUCAAUCUUCCCGCUUUGCGAAGAUGACACGCUUCUCAAGGUUGAAAUGUCAUAUACCAUUAUUGAAUCCCUUUCCGCUGAACCACUUCCGAAAGAAAUGCAAGAGAUUAUCUCGUAUCUUAUCUACAAGAAUGAUCUCAGAAUAGUUCUUAAGUGGAAAGAACACAUGCAUUUGGCAAAUCCCGAAAUACAGCAAAUAGAAGAGAACAUAAACAGCUGGUUUAAUAGCUCUCCGUCAAUUAAUCAGGAAGCAAUGCAAGAAUACAUGAAGCUAAAGCAUGCAUAUUUGGUAAUGCAGUCUCUACUGAAAUAG